UAUUAUCUUUUGUGAUUAGUAAAAUUUGAAAUAUAAGAAAAGAAUGGUUGAAAAGAUAGAGACGGUCCUAGAACUGAGUUGUACUCCUCAGCAAUUCUUCAACGUAUGGAAAAACGAAGCUCACCAGAUUCCGAAUCAUACUCCGACGAACAUACAUGCUGUUCAUUGUCAUGAUGGUGAUUGGGAGACUGUUGGAUCUCUCAAGGUCUGGAAGUGUACUAUUGGUGGGAAAAGUGAGAUGUUCAAAGAGCAGAUAGAAGUAGAUGAAGAACAAAUGAAAGUAUGUCUGGUCGGAGUUGAAGGAGAUGUGAUGGAAUCUUACAAGGUCUUCAAGCCAACUUAUUACCUUGCACCUAAAGGUGAAGGCUGUUUGGCCACAUGUGUCAUUGAAUACGAGAAGAUGAAUGACUCUGUCCCACCUCCGGAUAAGUACAUGGAAUUCAUGAUCAUUGUCACUCAAGAAAUUGCUGAUGGCCUUGCUCCCAAAAAAUAACUAUACAAUACAAAUGCUUAAUUAUUAUAUAAUAUGAUCAGUACGUAUCUUAUGUGUGUUUUAAAAGAUUUGGCUUCAAAUUAUCAGUGAGUUAAUUAAUUGCUCUAUGGUUUAUGUAAUUAUGUAUUAUGUUUGAUUGUAAUUAUACUGGUUUCUUUGCAAUAAAAUUAUAUAUGUUUGUGUGUUAAA